AUGGAUUUGACACUGUUGGGAAAAGUCAUCAGCAAUUUCAAACGUCGGGAAGAAUGCGAGCGCAAGGCGAGGAGGGGGGAGAUGGACCCCCGGCUGGAGUUCACCUUCCAGCUCCUCAUCGACGGCACCGGGCUCCCCAGACACGCCAUCAUGGACCAUGUGUUCGAAGGAAAUAUGCUGGACGACAUCAACCAGCUCUUCCUUCCCCACAUGAGGAACAAACUGCUCUGGUACUACCAAGAUGUGGAGGAGGUGGAACAGAAGUCUCAAGCCGACGGCACGAAGCCCCGACAGCAAGGGCAGGGUAAGCAGCCACCGCCUCAAGUGACUCUGAAGAAGAAACUGUUCUUGUCUGACGGCUGGGACGUGAAGUUCACUGGAGUGUGUAUCUACAUGUUCCGAAUCAAUGUCAGUAAGCAGCUGCCUGAAGAAGGGUUUCACAAAGAUCUUUUCUGCGGGAUAUUGAACGCUGAGAAGGUGGGCUUGGUGACUGCGAUCGAGCGGGUUAUGGAACACGUGUACAUGAGUGCGCUCGCGCAUCCCAGCGCUGAUGGGGACGAAGACGAGACCCGCUUCCCGAUCGUGAAGAACCAGCUGCUGCCUGGACUGAGAUCGUUCUGCAGCGCUUUAAAAGUUUGUGAAGACGUGUGCAACCAGAUAAACCUAUUCGAUGACGGUCAAGCAAUAAUGGCUAGCAUCCAAGACCAGAGUGAGCUGAAGGAGAUGGCCAAAAACCCCACCACCAUCACGAUGCUGGAAGACCGCGUCACCGAAUGGGUUAAGAAAGUCAUGGAGAUACUAAGUGAAAGUGAACAGUUGCGCCGAGAAGUGGACUCGAGUGGACCUCAAGACGAACUGGAAUAUUGGAAGAAAAGGGGGGCACAGUUUUCCCAGCUCGUGUCUUACUUACAGGACAAUGAAGUGCAAUUGACGCUGACGGCCCUACAGCUGGCCAAUUCCAAAGUGAUUCGCCUGUGGCGCGACACCGACCACAAAAUAACUUUCUGCUACAACGAGGCGAAAGACAAUGCCAAGUUCAUCCAGGCCAUGGAGAAAUGCUGCCAUUCCCUUUACUUGGAUGACCCAGUCAAGAUCAAAGAUUCCAUCUUGAGCCUGCUGCAGACCGUAAGGUUGAUUCACAGUGUGUCACAGUUUUAUAAUACAUCAGAGAGGAUUUCUUCGCUCAUGGUCAAGAUUACAAACCAAAUGAUUGAGACUUGCAAACAGUACAUCACUUGCCGUUUCAAAGAAACCAUCUGGUCUCAAGAGCGAUCUCUGGUCAGAGAAAAGCUCAUCCACUGCAUCAACCUCAACAAGACAUACCGAGAAACAUAUCUCUUCGUUAAAAACCAACCAUUUUUACCCAACACAGAGCAGUUCAGCUUCUCCGAAAACUAUGUGUUCGGGAAAUUCGAUACAUUUUGUAAGCGAUUGAAUAAAGUCAUCACCAUGUUCGAUCUCAUGGAUGAUUAUAACCAUCUAUUUGCGAAAAGGAUGGAGGGACUUCUUCUUGGUGAAGACUUGGAAGAAGCAGUGCACACAUUCGAAGAAGCUAAGAAGGUGGUGACAACAUGCCAGUACGACUACCUGGACUAUCGUAACAACGAGUUCGACAAGGACUACCAAGUGUUUGAGGGGAAGACCAACACCCUGCGAGAGUCCAUUGGGAAUACAAUAGAGCUGAACUUCUCUAGCGUAUGGGAGACGCCGCAAGGGAUCAAGUUCCUGACAAGGUUUGAGAAAGUUAGUCAAAAGAUUCAAAUAACAAAACUGAGCGAAAAGUAUGACCGUGUACUGAAAUACUGCGAAAAAGAGGUGGACAAGAUCACUAAGAUGUUCAAAAGGCAGAGAGAGGACCCUCCACUGCCGAGGAACUACUCACCUGUCGCAGGUCGCAUCAAAUGGUCGCGCUGCCUCAUGUUCAACAUGCGGGAGACUGUGGAAAGCGUGUGCGCACAUCCCGUGUUACGUGCCCUGCCCGCUGCUGCUGACGUCACGCGCAAGUAUACCAACACUCGCUCCCUGGUGUCCACUUACGAGGAAACCAUGAGGGCCGUGUGGAUGAAUCAGAACCUAUGGGAUGUGGACGACAGUCUAAACAACACAUUACUUCGCAUCGACGAGUCUGGCCGCAUCUGCGUGAACCUGGAUCACACCAUCCGCCUGCUGAUUCGGGAGUCCGACUGCCUCGUCAAGAUGGGCAUAGAUCUGCCUAUAGUCUGUCACUCGCUGUACGCUAAGAAGAACUAUUUUACGCUGGUCAAUGACUCUUUACAGUUCCUCCUCGAAGACUACAUCACCACCGUCAGGCGCGUCAAGCUGGAAGUGCGUCCUCUCUUCCUUCCACAAGUGGUUCGCCUUUCGUCUUUACUCCUGCCCGGUCUCCGCCACGUCACCUGGACAAGCGGGGACUGGAAGGAGUUCAUCGACUGCGCCGACGCCGCCAUCAAGUGCUUCGAUGUCCUGGUCACGAGGGUCCACGACAUCUACACUAAUAGGAUCAUCUACGUCCUUUCAGGGAUGCAAGAUGUUUCUUUGAUUACAUUGCCUGAGGAAACUCCAUGGUCUGUCGAAGAGUUCAUAGAAAAUGUGGAAACUGGAUGCCGCAAUGCAUGUGUGGAGUUCAACCGCAAGAGUCUGAUGGUGGAAGAAGCCGUGGAAGAGGUGUUGGACCUGGUGAAGAAGGCAGCUCAGCAGAUCAGACCGACUGAGAUCAACCCUGACUUUGAGUUCCUGAUUGCUGAUGACGAUCCUCAAGCAGGAAGUGGCCCAGCGUCCACUGCUAAUGAGUCGACCUCCAGCGGACAGCAGGACUGGUCAGCAGUUUGGGAGUGCUUCGAGAACCCGCACAAAUUGCUGUCCACGCCUGCUGGUGGGCUGUCCAAAAGCAUGCAGGAAAUGGUGAAAAACGCCGUGAGCGAAAUGCGGAGGUACUACAGCAGGAAAGUGGUGGAUGUUCUGAUCAAGGUCACCCGGAGGACACUUGACCUCAUCAUCAAAAGGUUCUGCUCUGACCCAGCCAUCACCGAAG